UCGAUUGUGUGGUUGAUUUCUGUUGCUGUGAGCAGCUCAUAUAUAUUAAUUAUUCCAAUUCUUUUGUAUUGGCAUGAUGAAAAAUAGAUGAAAGCACAUUGGGAUAAUAUUGGUCUUAGAACUUUCAUUGAUAUAUGUGUGGAAGAAGUGAAUGCCAAUAACCGUGGCAAAGAAGGAACAUUGACACCACUUGGAUAUGACAAUGUGGUAAGAAAGUUUUUUGAGCGCACGAGGAGAGAAUAUAGCAAAAAACAAUUCAAGAAUAAGUGGGAUGUGCUGAAAAAAGAUUAUAUUGUUUGGAAGACAUUAACCCAAAAGGCAACAAGCAUUGGGUUUGAUCCUAUUACCAAGACUAUUGCAGCUAGUGAUGAAUGGUGGGCAAAUGAGAUACAUGUAUACAUUAACACGACCAUUGUUUGGAAUUUGUUGCUCUUGCAAUUGUUGCACUAAUUUGUGAUAUGUUUGUUUUCAGAGAAAUGAACUUGCCGCCAAGUUUCGAUUUGCUGCAUUAGAGGAUGAGAUCAAACUGAGUACUAUAUUUGAUGAUGUUAGUGUGACAAAUGAGUAUGCGAUGGCGGCACCUCCCAGCUCUCAAGUUGGUUGCUCUCAAAUUCUCAUUGAUGAUGAUGAUGAUGUGGGAGGCUCAGGAUGUGAUAUAGAUGUUACUCACGUGACACCUAAAGCUAAAGGUCGUAAGAAGAGAUCAUGUCCUUAUUCACCUAGUCCCGUGAUGGUGCAAAAGAUUGCAAAAGAUAGUGAGGAAAGAAUGCAAUUUAAGCGUAUUGCAGACCUUUGGGAAAAGAGGGAGACAAGCCGCAAUUCGGCGACAUCUGAAAUGAAGGUGGAUCUCGUGAGAGAUGAGAUAAAGGAGAUGAAGGACAUGGUGGUGAAUGAUGGAGGUAUACCUGGAAGUGAAGUGUAUUUCCAUGCUCUAGAACUCUUUACGAAGAAGGAACAUCGUGAUGUCUUUAGUGCAUUGAAGGAUGAACUUCCAAGUGUGAGGCUUGAGUGAAUCAACAGGGCCUGGGAAACAUUUACGAAAAAGAAUUAGAGCAAAGCUGUAGUGUUGUGAACCUAUUUGUUUUGUUGUGAACUCAUUUGUAUUGUUCUGAACCUAUUUGUUUUGUUGUGAACUCAUUUGUACU